GCUUGGUUCUAACAAGUACGUCAUAUAAUUCCAGUUUAGAACAGCUAUUUCAAGUAGCCGACGGCAUUGAAUGACUAACGGCCUUUGAUCUCUUAUCAUCAAUCAAUGGAUCUCGAACUGAAGGAUGUGCAUGUUCUCGUAACUGGGGCCAGCGGGGGCAUUGGCCGUGAGACGGCUUCUGAAUUUCUGAAGCAAGGUGCCAGGGUCACAGCGCAUUAUAACACAAAACGUGAACUAUUGCUCGGUCUUCUCUCCGGCUACGGCUCCGGGCGCGUCCGUGCAGUACAGGCGAAUCUGAUUUCAGAGAAAGAAGUGGAAAGUAUGUUCCAUGAUGCGUCUGCAGCAUAUGGCGUAGUACAAAUUGCGGUGGUCAACCACGCCGUGUACGUUGCUGAAGAUAUACCUCUGAAAGAUAUGUCGCUCGAGCAGUGGAAGACCACCCUUGACGCCAACCUCACCUCCACAUUUCUCGUGGCACGAGGCUAUCUGAAACAGUUGGAACACGCAUGCGACUCCGAGAAGGCCAAGGCAUCUCUGUUAUUUGUUGGGUCCUCGGCUGCCAAAUUUGGUGAAGCGAACCAUGCUGAUUAUUCGGCCUCAAAGAGCGCGAUGAUGUAUGGUCUUACCAGGACCCUUAAGAAUGAGAUUGUCAAGAUCGCACCCAAGGCGCGGGUCAAUUGCGUCGCCCCCGGGUGGACCAGGACGCCUUUAGCAGAAGAAAGUCUCAAAGACCCAAAUGUGGUGUACAGGGCGAUGGCCACGACCCCUUUGAAGAAGGUUGCAGUGCCGGCAGAUGUAGCUACACAAAUAGUCGUAUUAUCUUCAACCAAGAUAUCGGGUCAUGUAUCGGGUCAAGUCCUCAUGGUUGCAGGCGGUAUGGAAGGGCGGCUUCUCAAUUUCCCCCAGGACAUCGAUCUAUGAAGCGCACCGGCUAUGCGUCCGAGCUCUAGAUUAGGCGGCCAAUAAGCGAGCUUGCGCCUGACAAGGAAGAUGAGGAAGCGAAGAUUGAUACAUAUAAAAAAAUUUCCCUAUCACAGGUAUCUAUGUACUUGGCCAUGAACAGGAUAAGGCAUCGUUCGUAAGGUUUUGAUCGCUCAUGGGUGCAAAGGUGACUUGCAUCUCAACAACAAAAACCUGUCCCUAAAAAUACAACUGCAUCAAGCCAAUGAAUCACCCCAUUCGAUAGAUCUAACCGACGGAGAAAGAGGUAAAUUUCACGGCGCUACCAUCGAGAAAAGUAAGGGGUCACCAUGAAUAUCACGGUCGCACGUUCCGAAUCCUGCCUUC